GUUGAGUGUGUCACUUUAACGUGAACAACUAAAUACAGGCGGCGUUCAGAAUUACUUCUACGUCUCUGAUUGGUUGUCACAAAUUGAAGCAGACCAAUCAGAAAAAGCAUUAACAGUUACUGUGAUAUUUUGAACAGCGUCAACUUCAGUUGCUCUGAUGAGACAAAUGGGCACCACAGCAACGUAUUAGUAGCACAAGAAUUUUAUAAAUGAAAAAUAUCAUUGAACCGGAGCACAUCAAGUCAUAAUUCAUACCUACAGGAUUUAUAAGAAUGGCACCAUCAAAAGUUUUAAAUGUGCAAAAUAAACAAGGUGGUAGUAAUGCAACAAACACAAGAAAGAGAAUAACUACAAGAAGUCAAAAUUCUGCAGUAAAUAAUACUUUACUCAAGGCAUCUGUUCCUAGUAAAGAUCCUCGUAUAAAAAGGAAAGCAGAAGCAUCGCCAUCAAAGGAAAAAACAACAAAAAGAUAUGCAUUAGGAAAUAUCACUAAUGCAAUUGGAAAAACAUUGGGAACACAUCAAACACAAGAACCAAAGAAAACAGUUAAAAAGACAUUUGUUACUCAAGUAAAACCUUUUGCGCAGACAAGUUCUAUUAGAACGCUUGAAAAAAUUGUGACCAAGCCAGAGGUAGUACCUCAAAAACCAAAGCCAGUGCCUCGUGUGAAAUCAAUAAAAAAGGAUGACGAGAAAACUGAAUUACCUAGUAAAAUUUUAAAUGUUAGACGUAGUUUAGAUUUAGAAAAGUCAGAGGACAGUUCUUUGUAUGUAAGUGCAUUAGAAGAAGUAGGGGAUGACAGUACAAAGAAGUCCAGGAAAAGCAAUAUUCAGUCUGAAGAAAAUGAAAAAACAGAAAAAAUAGAUAAAUCAAGUGAACUUAAAGUACCUAGAGAAACUCAAGAAAAAACAGUAGCAGCUCAGUUAGAUGCUCCACCUGAGAGAAUAUUACCUGAAGGAGUUCAAUGGGAUUUUGAUGCAGAAAAUUGGUUGGAUCCAUUUCAAGUUUCACACUAUGCCAUGGAUAUUUUCAAUUACUUAAAAGAUAGAGAACAUUUAUUUCCUAUUGGAGAUUAUAUGGAAAGACAAGUGUGCCUUUCACGAUGGAUGAGAGCCUUAUUAGUUGAUUGGAUGGUAGAAGUUCAAGAAUCUUUUGAACUGAAUCAUGAAACUUUAUAUCUAGCUGUGAAAUUAGUUGAUCUAUAUUUAACAAAAGUAACUGUUGGAAAAGAAACAUUACAAUUGUUAGGCGCUGCAAGUCUUUUCAUAUCAAGCAAAUAUGAUGAAAGAAUACCUCCAAUGGUAGAAGAUUUUUUGUAUAUAUGUGACGGUGCUUACACGCAAAGAGAAUUAAUUAGAAUGGAAAUGAGUAUAUUAAAAGUUAUUGAUUUUGAUCUUGGUAUACCUCUUUCUUAUCGAUUUCUUAGACGAUACGCCAGAUGUGCAAAAGUGUCAAUGCCAACAUUAACUUUAGCUCGAUAUAUUUUGGAAUUUUCAUUGAUGGAUUAUGCGACAAUAAUGUUCAGCGACAGUAAAAUGGCCGCGGCUGCACUAUUACUUGCAAUGCAAAUGAAAGAUCUAGGAAGUUGGACUCCAACUUUAGAAUAUUAUAGUGGUUAUAAAGUUGAUGACAUACUAGAUAUCGUGAAUCUUUUAAAUCAAGGGUUACAUCGAAAACAUAAAGAAGCUCUCACUACAGUACGUAAUAAGUAUAGUCACAAGAUAUUUUUUGAAGUAGCAAAGCUGCCAUUAAAAGAUACAUUAAAUAUAUAG